GUGGAGUACAGUUCUUGGAAAUGAAGCUACCAGUACGCAUGUUACGGUCUACUGUUUCCACUGCCAUUGGAAUCUUAACCAUCUUAAAAGACGCAGAUUUUAAGAUUUUAAAAAGCUGUUAAAACAGUGGUGGAAGUGUGUGCACAUUCUUGCCCUGUCUUUGAGUUUUUUGAUUUUGUGGCCAUGUCUGCGGUGAUUCUCCUUUUUAUGGUAUACAUUACAACUCUGCCAUCAGCUGGCUUGACAGAGGAUGAAUGUCCCUUGGAUUUGUUGGAGCUGAAAGAGAGCAUUCAGAAACUUCAUUAUGAGCUCUUAAUCGGGGACUGGAAACUGAUUUACCUGCGUACACACCGCCGCUUCAGACCGGAACCAGAGUAUAAACAGGACAACACAACCUUACCAAGUCUGCCAAACACAGGAGGAAACCUGCUGGUUUAUGACAAAGAUUGCUCUGAGCUAUUUGACAGGCUCAGACCUGAAAGUGGGUUCUACAGGAUUAGACCAGAUGCAACUCUCGAGCCUUUUCUUGUGUACUGUGAUAUGGAAGAUGGAGGAGGCUGGACUGUGUUACAGAAACGUCGCAACGGUAAAGUGGAUUUUAACAGAGGCUGGCAGGACUAUAAGAAUGGGUUUGGUCAUUUCCAAUCAAGCAAAGAUGAGUUCUGGCUGGGCAAUGAUCACAUUCACUCUUUGCUUCACAGAGGUAAAAAAGUAAUGAAAAUUGAUCUGAUGGACUGGAGUGGAGAAAAAUCAUAUGCGAUAUAUGAAAACUUCAGAGUGGCAAAUGAAAAGGAUAAAUACAGGCUGUACUUUGGCAUGUACAGUGGCCGUGCUGGAGAUGCCCUGUCAGGUGGGAGCAAUAUGGUGGAGCAGUGGUCUGCCUCCCACAGUGGCAUGCAGUUUAGUACCAGAGACCAGGAUAAUGAUCGGUACCUGCAAGGAAACUGUGCUAUAGAGAACAAGGGCGGCUGGUGGUAUAACAGGUGCCAUGCUGCCAACUUGAAUGGGAAGUUUUAUAGAGGAGGGAAGUACACAGCGAAAUACGACAAUGGGGUGGUGUGGAGCACCUGGCGAGGAUUUUGGUACUCCCUCAGACACGUAAGCAUGAAGGUGCGGCCUACAGCUUUUAUGGACAGUCUCGGGAGUGGAGCGGGACCAGACAGCUAAAACAUGACACUUUUUAAUGUUCCUGCUCUAUGUUAUCAUAUGCGAAUUUAGCCGCACUAUUAUGCAAUCCAAACAUGCAACAAAAGUACAGAAUAUUCUGAUUAUAACCUAGAAUUUACAUGCAUGUGGAUUAAAGAUAUAAAAUAUUAUUUCUUUGCUUUCUGAAAUGCAGAAUAAUAUAGUAAGCAUGCAUCAAGUGCAGCUUGUUGAAAUGUCAUUUAUGAGAAGUGUAUAUUUUCAAAUGUAGUUUUCCUUAUAAGGACCAGCCAUCCCUAUCUCUAUCCUUGUAAUGAACCCUCUACAUUCUAAUACUGUACUUUCAAUUGCUAAAAAAUAUACAGUAUUUGGGAUCUGCAUUUAUCUGAAGUAUAGGCAUAAAUGUAACAAAGAUUGA